AUGAUAAAACAGCUUCCGCUUCAGUCGGUCGUUUUUGCGGAUGACUAGUCGUGCCUCAUUAGAGUUCACCGUGCCUACAUUUAUCCCUGUUGUACACUGGUGUUUUGGUCAUACGUCUACAGGAGUUUUUGUGUUCAUGUUACAAAAUGCUUAAGUAACCGAGCAGUUUCUCCCACAUACUUCUUGUCACAUCUUUCACAUGAACUUUGGCCAUCCUUGUUCACACUGCAGGGAGGGAUGUGUGCGUCCCUUUCAGUUUUCUCUGGACCAGGCAGUACUGAGAUGUGACAAUACAGAAUGUGAAAGUUUACUUAUUUCAUCACCUUGGCAAAAUGUUAUUAAUCGUAACAUAAGGCAGCAGGUUCCUCGUCGGUCAGCAAAUUUUGGGCAUCAUCGUUUUUGGGAAGGUAGCAGCAACAGUAGUGGUGUGCAGUUGGAUGUAAGAAGCCCAUUAUUGAGUCCUGCCCAGUCAAUGGGGUCCGUAACAGAUAAAGAAGUAGAAUUGCUUUUACUUAAGUCUUAUGCACCUUCAAAAUUCGUUAGGAAUAAAAGUAAAUAUUCCAAAAAGUGCCCUGUCUCUCCAAAUUUUGCUGCUGUUCCUGCUGAUUUUCAGCCUCCAGUAUUGAAAGAUGAUUCCAAGUGUGACAGUUUCUUUGAAUUGCUUGGUAGCUUAGAUUUAGACUCUCCAGCACAUGUACGUUCUCUCACAAAGGAGUCUCCACCUCUGACCUCUAGUAAUGAUACUGGACUAGAUAUUGUAACAGCAGAACUUGAAUCUUGGAUGAAAGGUUUUGAAUCCCCAACAUUUAACAAUGGGAUAAAUGAAAUUGUGUGCACAGACAGUAUAGGAGUGAAACCUUCUAGUACUGGACCUAACUCUAACAGAACUUUUAGAAAAAACAUUUCAGAGUCAAGGAUUUCAGAACAGCAGAAACUUAUAAUUCCCAGUCAGAGAUCAGCUUUUUCUCAAAUAUCUCCAAUGAAAGAAAAAAGUGGACUUAAUGAUAGUCUGGAUUUCACCAGUGAUUUGUUACCAAGUUCUCCAUUGUUAGAAGUAAAUGCAGAUAUUAAGAAAAAAGUAGCACAAAGUUAUCAGGAAAAUGAUACAAAAUCAACAUCACUCACAUGUCCACCAAAUCAUCCUGUGAAUUAUGAUCUUUCCGUAUUGUGUGAUUCUCAGUUUUUAUCACCUGCAGCUUCAGCUGCCAGUGAUGAUAGUGGUUAUAAUGAAGAAGACACUAACAAAGUUUCAGCUGUUGCAUUACCACACUUGCAGGAUGAGAAUCAUCUUUCAUCCUGUUCUAAAUCCAACCUUGAGUCUGUGCAAACUGUAGAGGCAAAUGAAACUUCAAAAUGUAAGUCAGUGUUGGCUUCAUCUCAUAAUUUGAAAAGCAUAAUAGCAAUGGAUUUAGAAUUGUCUGCUUGUCAAGCUCUACCUCAUUUUAACAUUCAUCCAGCAAUGGUAACCAUUGAAAAAUGUUUAGAUUUAAAUGAGCAAACAGGUGUAGAAUCCGAAUUAUCUAGGUCUCAAUUACCUGUUGAUCAGUCUGCCAUCACUAGUGAAUUACCGCUGAGUAGAGUGGAGGGAGAGGUAAAGGCUGAUAAUGAUUCUGAGGCCUUUUUUUUUGAAAAUUCUCCUAGUUCAUCUGGAUCAUUUAAUGCAGAUCUGGAAUCUAAUAACAUUCAUUCAGCCUCAAAAGAUGAUAUAAUGCCAAAAGCUAAAACUGGUGCUAACUUGAUUAUAGAACCUUCUCAAGCAGCAGUGAUACAAGAACAUUGUGAUUCUUCUAGUCAGUUUGGGUCUUCUUUAUUAUCUGAUAUAGCAGAGAAUGUUGAGAGUAAGGCAUCAUGUUCAGAUCAUUCUUCAGAUACACUAUCUUUCUGUUCAGUUACAAAUAUAAACCGGUAUAAUACAACUAACAGAGGCAGAAGACGAGGGAGAGGAAAGGGUAGGAAAAAGGGCAAAGCCCAUCAAUUUUUUAAUGGAUGUCGAAGGCUCAGUACAAACAACUUAUUAGACUCUAGCAUCAGAGUCUGUAAUAAUACUGUACCCAUACUCAGAGGUAGGGGUCGGGGCCGUGGAAGGGCUUCAAACAGAGGCAGGGGACAGGACAGUUUAAAUAACACCCAAGAGUUGUCAAAAUCACAACCAAACAGAUCAAAACUUCCAUCUGUAAUGCUGCCUCGCCAGACAAGGCAACGUACCGGCACCAUUGAAGUUCAGGCACCAACUGUCCCAAGAGGACGCUUCUGUGACCAGUUAAUAACUGAAGACAGUUAUGAUGGCAAUAUUCGACGAAGUCUUUCAACCCUUCUUCAAGGCCCAAGCUUGCAGAUACCUGAUCAAAGAAGUAAUCAUCAUAAUAGGAAUUUAACCAACUUGAGCUUCCGAAGCCUUCUGAGUGGUUCACUUGCUAAGGAUCCCUGGUCAGUUAUGGAGCUCUCUCUUGAAGAGGUAGAUAUUGAAGUUGUUGUACAGGGUGUUCAUUCUUCUGAUGUCCUGAAUGAAGGAAUGUCAGCACCAGACUUGAAUGAAAUGUCAAAUGGAAGCAGUGACACUUCACGUUAUGUGCACUGUGAAGAAUUAAAAGAAACUGAUACAGUGACAGGGAGGGAAUUAAAAAAUAAGUGUUUAUCACAAGUGUAUGAUAAUGCUGAAUGUAGGAAGAUGUCACAGCAACAGAAGACUGAUAAAAAAAAUUGUAGUGAAAUUUCUUUCUCAAAUAUAUUCAAAGACAGAACUGUGGCUCACAAUAUACAAAUGGCUGACAAGUCAACAUUGGAUACCAAAAGUGUUGGUAUAUCUAAAGAGUUAGGUUAUUGUAUAAAUAGUAAUAAUGAAAAGGUAUGUACAGUUAAAGUAUUUCCAAGUAAUCAGCAUUGCAUCACUUCACAUAUACCUCAGAAUUAUAAAAAUUUGGAUCAAGUCAGUAACAUAAUAGAAGUUAAACAUAAUUCAAAAAGAUAUGCACAUUAUCAGCCUAAAUCUUCAGUAGAAGCAAAAAAAGAGCAGAAGGUACUUAAGAAUGAUAACCAGAACAUUAAUUUAAAAAGUAACAAGAAUUCACCACACAUACAAACACACAUUCAGUUGCAGCCAUAUGGCAAAAACAAAGAAUUAAGUCAACAGCAGUACACUAUUGAUAUGAAUAAGGAACCAAACUUUACUGUUACUCAACUCAUAUAUAGCUUGGGUGAAAGUAAUGAAGGCCUUAAAGAAAAUAAGCAGUCUUUAGUUAACCAAGAAUCUUCACAUAACCAGCCUACAUCAAUUCAAAAACAAACAGUGAGCAAGGGAGAUAACAGGACACAGAGUGAAAAACUCAAUUCAGUAUUUGGCACUUUUGAGGAACAGAAGAUGGAGGCAACACAAAAUAAUUCACAGUUUGAGCAAUUUGAAUCUGUACUGAAUGAAAUAAAAGUAAAUAAAGAAUUCAGUCAGGCUGAAGAAACUAUUAUAAUCAACCCUGAAUCCUCACUAAGUAUUACUAAUUAUGAAAAUAUAAAUAUAUCACAGAAUUCAAACAAUUUAUUAAACAAGAGUAAAGGUAUAGACUCAAGUCUUCAAAAGAAUAGUUUGAUACCAGCCCUUCCAAAGCAUUUACUAGAAAGUGUUGGCUUAAUUUCCGAAAGCAAUAAUAGUGAGUUACAAUGUACGAAAGAAGAAAAAAAAGAUACUGUGUUAGAUUCAUUGCCUCAGAAAGAAAUAAAAAAUAAAUUACCUACAGCAGAAAGUUCAACAAAUGCCAGCUUACAUUAUUUAUUAACAUCUUCAAAUUGUGAAAAUAUCCGCAGCUGGAUGGGAUGUCAAGAAAAAACUCCAAAAGACCAAGCUGAAACCCUGUCCUCUAUAAAUGAGGUUAAAAAUAUCCCAGACUUAUCCAAACAUGAUACAGAAGCACGUACAAAAAAUUCUUCAAGUAAAUACUUUGGCUCGUUGUUGCAAGAUGUUGUUUUUGAUGAUGAGUUUUUCCAAUGUCCUCUUCAGGAACACCCAAGCAAAACAUUUGAAGAACACAUUACUAGCUCACUUUUCUUUGGUGAAACUGCAAAUACUUCUCCUCAAGCAAGCUAUAAUGAAACAUCAAAUUCUAAUCAAGCUUCAGAUGCCAAACGUGUGUAUUAUGUUGAACAGUAUGAAAAAUUCCCAGAAAAAAACAGUCAUUCUUUAAAAUGCACAGAUUUUCAAUUUUCAGAACAGUUGACUAUUAAAGGAUCGGAAAAGGCAGCUACUCAGGUGUAUUCCACUCCAGUUUCUUCUAAUAUAACAACAGGUUUCCUUCCCACAAAGCUUUCAGUGCUUCCUUCCACAGUUUCACCCUCUGGGCUGACUUUUACAUCUACAGUAUCAGCAUCUUCUACUGCUACACCCAUUGUAUCGUGUAAUUAUGUAUGCACAACAUCAGUCUUGCCCACGGUAAUGUCAGUUACAAUACCAACAGUAUCAUCCGUUGCAAUUAAUACCGUACCAAUAUGCUCGAGUGUUUUAAUUUCUGGAGUGAGUGCAUUGAGCAAAAAAUACAAGAGACAACCAGAGCACAAGUUUAUAAGUAAAGUAGAUGAUGUUAGUACAGUAAAAAAGGAAAUUGAUAGUAGUAAACAAUCCCUUCUAUCUGUUCUUACUAAUACUGUAAAAGUAAAUAAUAAGCUUUGCCUUACAAAUGUGACCAAAGAUAUUUCUGGAAAGCUUUUUCUGUCUAAUAUAACAUCAGCGAAAAGUACUGUAAACCCAAAUAAUAAUGGCUGUGGUCUUGAAGGAAAUUUUAGUACCAGUUUCCCAAGUACUUCAGUAAAUUUUUCUGCAGUCAAAUGUGAAGAUGAAAUAAGUAAAUUUGGAGAAGUAGAGAAUAUGUAUAAAAUAUCAGGGACAUCAAAAGUAACCAAAAGUGCCGAGAAAAGUUUAACAGAACCUGCAGAAAAUUUUACUUUCAGGAAUACUUUUGUGAAACAUGAUCCAGACUUCACUCAUGAUGAAGAUAAUGAGAGUAUUCCCAUAAUUUCCAUGGAUUCAGAAGAUGAGAUUCAGAUCAUAAUCCCAGAGAAAAGGAAACUCAGGAAAACCAGAGAUGUGUCUGAACCAGGCUAUUGUGAAUCUCAGCAUGAAACAAAUUCUGUUUGUUUAACUGAGAAAGAAAAGAGAGAGAGUUGUGUGUGUGGCACCAACUCAGAAUUUUGUUGUGAAAAGGAGAGAGAAACACACACAGUUACAGAAACAAAUCUAGAUAGAUAUAUAAAAGUAGACCUAACACUUGAUCAGGGAUUAAUAGGCGAGCCAGUUAGCAAAGGAAGAAAGAGAAUAAUUGAGAAAAGUGAUGAGACUAGACCUACUAAGAAAACAAGAGCUAUGUUAAACAUUAUGCUCAAGAAAGAAGAAGAUGGCAGUAAGUGUAAUAAUAAUUUUUUUAAUUCAUCAAGGAAGAUUAAUACUGAAAAUAGAGUACUUGUGUGUGGAAUUCUUGAUAAUUCAGUUGUUCAUGAUAAACAAUGCUAUAGUCCGAGAGUCAAAGAAUUUGUUGAUUUUGAUGAGAGUGCAAGGGGAAAAAAUUAUGUGGACAAGUUCUAUUUUGGUUCAAAAAAAUCAAGGAAUAAGGAAAGCCAAGAAAGGAGUGUAACAGUUCAGUUUGAGCCAGUAAUGAAAAAUGAUGAGGAUAGUUACACAUUAAAGCAAGGUAGCACAGCUCAGAGGAAUGUAAAUCAGCAAAUUUCACAGAUAGGAAAUCUUAGAAGAGAUAGUAACUUUGGUUGUGCAAAGUCAAGCCCCCAACAUGAGAUUAACUCACCUUUGAGUUUUGACAUAUCUGAUCCUGGGAUGUUGGAAUUAGAUUGUGCUCAUAGUGGAUUUUUUUCUUUAGGGAUUUCAUCAUCAGGAAGCUGUACAUCAUCCCCAGAGCCAUCACAAGAAAAAUUUGGAGCAGGAGACUUUAGAGGUAAUUUAAAACCAUAUGAGGGCAGUGGAAAUGGACCAAAAAUAUCUGAUUUGGAAAGCAGGCUGAGAUAUAUAACAAAGUGUGAUACAUUGGGUAGUGGGUGUGACAACUUUCAAAUAACCUCAAACUCUGAUAAAAGUUUUAAUGAUGUUUCAGAAAAACAAAUUGUAAGUGAAUAUGAAGAUUCUGAAAGAUUACCUAACAAUGAAAAUUCAGAACUGUUGUCUAAUAUGAGGAUUCAAAUUACAAAUUCUGAGGGACAGUUUCCGAAGUGCUUGCCUUUUACUAAUUCUCAAUGCAUGAAUAAUAAGUCAGAGAGUGUUGAUACAAACCCCUCUCGGAUAGUGAAAAUUUCUGAAGAUGCGUUUAAGUUAGGAAAGGCAGCUAGCACAGUAAUUUUAACCAAUAAAUGUGUACCAACCCAGACACAUCUUAUUCCUGUAUAUCCCAUAAAAAACAAUUUGAUCUGUAAUGAAGCAGCAUCCAUUUGCUCAUUUUCAUCAUCAUCUCUUUCAUCUUCUCAUGCCCGUUGUUUAGAAAGUGAAGAAAAAAAUUCUUUAAAAAAUCAAGAUGCAUUAAUUAUACCCUCUGUGAAAGAUGCCAAUGGUUCCAUAGUAGCACGGAGCAAAGGGGAAUUAAAUUUGCCUCUUAUAACAGCGUUUAAACCUAGUUGUAUACCUUUAUCAAAAUUAUUACCCCUUAUGCCCACCUGCACAAAUAUGCAAAUAUGCCAUCGUCCUUCUCAGUGUGAAAACAGAGAGUCUGUAAUAGAUUACCAAGCUUCUGUUUCACCUAAAAAGCUAACUACUGAUCCUCAAGCUUUAGUUGCUAGCUUUGGAAGUACUGUACCAAAUGACAAGAUUUUUAUGCAAGCUAACUCCUCUUGUAAUUUAAGAGAGAUUCAGUCCACUAGUAAUGACAAAACGGAGAGGAUUCACAGUUCACACGAGAGGAUUAUUGCUGUAACAAGCCAAACUACUAGUGGCCCAGUAACCCAAGUUCUGAGGGUUGCAGCACCCUUGUCCACGAAACCAAGUCAGCUUCAAACGGAUAACAACCAAAACAAUGGUGUUAGUGAAGGAGAAAAUGUCUCCAUUGAUGGAGAAGGCCAUAAGGCUUCUAAUAAAAACAAAAUGCUAAAGAAAAUAAAAAUGGGUUCAAACGGUGGAUUUUACUUCAGACCCACUUCAUCACUUUUGAAUUCUAUAUUGCAAAUGAGAAAAAAGGAAAAGAUUGAAGCUGCAAAUGAAAAUGAUAGAAAUUCUACAUACCUAAAAUUACCUGAUGGUAAACCAAUUUCUCAUCCAAUGUUUGUUCCUAAAAAAAGUGAAUCACAAAUUCAUAAAUAUAAGAAAAAAAAAAAGUUAAAAAGAGAUAGAAAAACUAAACAUUUUGCUAUGCAAAAGGUUAUGGAAACAGUGGAGCAAAGGAUAAGGAGUGAUACUGUGCCAGAAAUGGUGGCUGUGUGUGUUGGAGGAAAACUUCAUAUCUACCACAAUGACUAAUUUUUAGACUGCACUUAUUUAUUGCUAUGUUAAAAAAUAAUGAAUAUUUUUUGUAUAAUUAUUUGUAACCAUUUAUUUAAAAGGUUGCUACUGACAGCAAUUAAAUUUGUUUUUUUUAUGAAAAUAUCAUGAUUGUAAUUCUGUACAUUGUAAGGUUUAAUGAAAGAUUGUUUAUGACGUGUGUGCAUGUACAUGCCUAGUUGUGUUUGCAGGUAUAGAGGUCCAGCUCCUUGAUUCCUGCCACUUAACCAUCAACUGAUUGGUGUAAUUGAAUAGAUUAUAUUACUGUAUACUCUUCCUACUUUUGAAUCCAUGAAUGCAUUCUUUCUGCAUGGGGAAGUGGAAUAGAAUUGUUCCUCUGUAAGCCAUGCGUGUCGUAAGAGGUGAUUAAAAUGCCGGGAGCAAUGGGGCAGUAAUUCCUUCUCCUUUAUACAUUAUUAAAUUUAAAAAGAGACUUUCAUGUUUCUAAAAAGAAACAUGCCUUGGUGGGAUAUGGCUGGGUUGUUGAAAAAAAAAAUGCAUUCUUUUCUCACAUGAUCCAUCACUGAAGAAAUGUAUUUUUAUUUUAAACUAACUUAAUUGAUUAUUCAGUUUCCAUUUACAUUCCUUCAUUCCAGUAAAUCCCAGCCAGACAGCCUGUCUGUAUCUAAUUUAUUAGUACAUAUUCUUCUCCAUCUCAUCUAACUAGAUAGUACCAGUCUCUCAGCCUAGAUGAUUGACCAAGUUAUGGAACUUCCAUCUAGGCUAAGAGACUUCACUUCUACUUAGGAUGACUUCACUUCUACUUAGGCUGAGGGACUGAACACCUCAAAUCUCCACUUCAACUGUGGCUUUCAAGGCUGAGGGACUGAACACCUCAAAAUCUCCACUUCUUCAACUGUCUCAGACAUGUUAGUCACCUACUACAUAGGCAAAAUGUCUUGGCAAUAAAGAUACUUAAAUAUUG